GGAAGAAAAUUUCCCUUUUCUCUUUCCACAACCAAAAGUCCAAACGCAGAAGAAUAAUAAUUAAAAAAAAAAAAAAAAAAAAGACAAAACGGAAAUGGAAUAGCAUUUAAACAAAGAAAGAAAGAGGGAAAGAAAAGGAAGAGAAUGCCUGUGCCGAGGAAAGCAAAGCCUUGCAUUUGCUUCCUCUCUCGCCUCUUCGGCAACAACCACCACUCUUCCUCUCCCAAUCCCACGCGAUUCCUACUCUUCCAUCGAAACGCCGCGUCGUUUUCAUCAUCAUCAUCAUCAUCUUCUUCUUCUUCACACGUCUUUGCAGCUGCCGAUUGUUCCAGACGCUUCGUCUUGCUCGGCCUGCUUUCGCCCAAUGCCGAUCGCCGCCGCCACCACCAUCUUCAGCUCUCCUUCCAUCGCAAUUUUUUCACCAGAGCUAAGCACGUGAAGAAGAUUGAAUUCAGUGAUCAUCACAGUCAGCGGGCAGUCACGACCGCGCUAUGGUGCAACUUCCUUGUUUUUUCUCUCAAGUUUGGGGUAUGGUUAGCGACCUCAAGCCAUGUCAUAUUGGCUGAAGUCAUUCACUCAGUCGCAGAUUUUGCAAAUCAGGCGCUUCUUGCGUACGGGCUGAGUAGCUCAAGGCGUGCACCAGAUGCUCUCCAUCCUUAUGGCUAUUCCAAGGAAAGAUUUGUUUGGUCUUUGAUAUCUGCUGUGGGCAUAUUUUGUCUUGGCUCCGGGGCUACCAUUGUUCAUGGAUUUCAGAACUUGUGGACUUCACAGCCCCCUGAAAAUAUUCAGUAUGCAGCUCUUGUGAUUGGUGGUUCCUUUAUUAUUGAAGGUGCUUCUCUUAUUGUUGCCAUACAAGCUGUCAAGAAAGGUGCAGCUGCUGAGGGAAUGAAAAUAAGAGACUAUGUUUGGCGAGGUCAUGAUCCCACUUCUGUUGCUGUCAUGACAGAGGAUGGAGCUGCUGUUACCGGUCUUGCUAUUGCUGCAGCAUCAUUGGUUGCAGUGAAUACCACAGGGAAUGCAAUUUAUGACCCCAUAGGUUCAAUCAUUGUUGGAAACCUCCUUGGAAUGGUCGCUAUAUUUCUGAUCCAGAGGAAUCGGCAUGCUUUAAUUGGUAGAGCAAUGGAUGACAAUGAUACACAGAAGGUUCUUCAUUUCUUAAAAAAUGAUCCGGUUGUAGAUGCUGUAUAUGAUUGCAAAAGUGAGGUGAUCGGACCUGGGUUCUUUAGAUUUAAGGCUGAAAUAGAUUUCAAUGGGGUGAGGGUGGUGCAAAAUUAUCUAAAUAGGACUGGUCGCGAUGAGUGGGCGAAUCAGUUCCGUGAAGCUGCAAAGGAAAACGAUGAUGCCGCACUACUCAAGAUCAUGUCAAAUUAUGGUGAGGAAGUGGUCACAGCUUUAGGAAGUGAAGUUGAUAGGUUAGAGAAAGAGAUCCAGUAUCUCGUUCCCGGCAUACGACAUGUUGAUAUUGAGGCUCACAAUCCAACGGACUUGUUCCCAUGAUUGACACUUUUGCUUGGUAUGUGCAAUUUUUUUUUUUUCAUGCGGUGAACUGGUUAUUGCCAAUCAUUUGAGCGUUAACAUGAAAGGGGUUUUCUUCUUUUUUUUUUAAUUUUAUUUUUUAAGUUGUGAGGGGAGUGUACAUUGUAUACAUGGAAUGUCGUCAUGGUGAAAUUCAUUUAGCAUUCAUCGUAUUUUCGUUGUUCAUUAUGUAGAGAUUUACUGUUACGAAAAGCAGCUCUUCUAUAUUUCUUUUGUUUUUUUGUUUUUGUUUUUUUUUUGGUACCUCUCCCA